AUGGCACGCAGGGGUGCCCAGGCGGGCAGCCGGCCUUGCCCGCUCCGUCCCGCCGACCGGGGUAGACGCGCCCCGGGGCCACCACCGCCUCCUCCCGCCGAGUCGUUCGGCGCUCCCGACCGGCCCGGAGAGGUGGGAACCAUCCCGGGACAGUGGGGCGAGGGCCGGCACCUCGCCUAUCCUCCGGCCGCUUCUGGGGAAAACGAACGGGCGAGAGCGGCGGUGCCACCCGCCGUGCUCACCGGGGCACAUGUGAGGACCCCGGUUUCCCACAAAGUGAUUGAGAAGCGGAGGAGGGACCGCAUCAACCGCUGCCUCACCGAGCUAGGGAAGACGGUGCCCAUGGCUCUGGCCAAGCAGAGCUCGGGGAAGCUGGAGAAAGCGGAGAUCCUGGAGAUGACGGUGCAGUACCUGCGGGCCCUGCACUCGGCGGACUUUCCCCGCGGCCGGGAGAAGGAGCUGCUCUCCGAGUUCGCCAAUUACUUCCACUACGGCUACCACGAGUGCAUGAAGAACCUGGUCCACUACCUGACAACGGUGGAGAGGAUGGAGACCAAAGACACCAAGUACGCCCGCAUCCUGGCCUUUCUCCAGUCCAAAGCACGCUUCGUUACUGAGCCUCUCUUCACGUCCCUGGGCUCCCUCCCGGAGCCGGACUUUUCCUACCCGCUGCAUCCUGGGCCCGAUUGCCCAGGGCACGUCCACAGUCCCGCCGAGGGCGUGCUCCAGCCGCCCUCGGGGGGGCCAUUCCCCUGGCACGGCGCCGCCCGCAACCCUGCCCUGCCCUACCACUUGCCCAGCGCCGCCGUACCCCUCGCCAGCCCCGGCCAGCAGCGCAGCACUUUCCUCUCAUCCGUGCAGGGGCUGGACCGCCACUACCUCAACCUCCUCGGCCAUUCCCACCCCAACGCGUUCGGGCUGCCCCCAGGCCAGCACCCCUCCAUGCUAUAGAGACUCGUCCCGCCUGAAAGAACACCUAUUUAUGACCGCGGACACUGCGGGUUACACCCGG